CACUCAUGCCCUGUCAUCAAUUAAACUUGUAAAAGAAGCACAGUGCAGUGGGUUGAUCUUGAUUUGUAUUGCUACAUCACAAACCUUUGAUUUGAACAGAAGGUAUUACAAACUAAACAGGAGAAAAAUGUAUUAUUGGGUUAGUGCUAAUCCUUCGGAUUUCGCCGGAACCCCUCCCCAACGUCGCAGUGGUCACUCCGCUGUUAAUAUUGGGAAAUCUAAGGUUGUCAUGUUCGGAGGCCUUGUCGACAAGAAGUUUCUCAGCGACAUCGCUGUCUAUGAUAUUGAGGCCAAGCAAUGGUUUCAGCCUGAGUGCACUGGGAGUGGUUCAGAUGGGCAUGUAGGUCCCAGCCCUCGGGCUUUUCAUGUCGCUGUUUCCAUUGAUUGUCACAUGUUCAUUUUUGGUGGUCGUCUUGGAAGUCAGAGGUUGGGGGACUUUUGGGUUUUGGAUACUGACAUAUGGCAAUGGUCUGAACUAACUGGAUUUGGAGACUUGCCAUCUCCUCGGGAUUUUGCAGCAGCUUCAGCUGUUGGAAACCGAAAAAUUGUUAUGUAUGGUGGAUGGGACGGAAAGAAAUGGCUAUCUGAUGUUUAUGUCUUGGACACUAUUUCACUUGAAUGGAUGGAGCUAUCAGUUUCUGGAACAUUGCCACAGCCCAGAUGUGGGCAUACUGCCACUAUGGUUGAAAAACGAUUGCUUGUAUACGGUGGAAGAGGAGGAGGCGGACCAAUUAUGGGUGAUUUAUGGGCUUUGAAGGGUCUAAUUGAAGAAGAGAAUGAAGCACCUGGAUGGACUCAAUUAAAGCUUCCAGGUCAAGCACCUUCUCCUCGAUGUGGCCAUACAGUUACGUCUGGAGGACAUUAUUUGUUGAUGUUUGGAGGACAUGGGACUGGUGGAUGGUUGAGUCGUUAUGAUAUCUAUUACAAUGACUGCAUUAUAUUAGACAGAGUUUCAGCACAGUGGAAACGGCUCUCCAUAGGCAGUGAACCCCCUCCUGCUAGAGCGUACCACUCUAUGUCAGUUGUUGGAUCACGGUAUUUGCUAAUUGGUGGUUUUGAUGGGAAAACGACUUAUGGUGAUCCAUGGUGGUUAGUCCCUCAAGAGGAUCCAAUUGCAAAUAGAUUAACUGCAUCUCCACCCAGAAAUAUUCCUGAAAGUAAGGAAUUUGCUUUCAACGAUGAUUUUCAACCUCAAGUAAAGGAAAGCCAGACAGAGAAAUUUCCUUUCUCUGAAUUACAAAGACGGUUGCAAAUAUCAGUUUCCAGUUCCAGCCUUGAGAUUGUAAACGAGUUCGAAGAUAAAGAGCUGCUUGAAGUAGCAUCAAGAUUAGCAGGUGAAAACGUUUCUACUAAUUCACUGGCGAUCGAAACAAUUCGUAAACACUGGAGAAAGUCUGAACCAAAUAUGGUUAAACUCAAAGAGCUUGGACCAUUGCUUCGGGAUUACCAACGUCUUAUAUACAGGCACUAUCUAGAAAGGAGUGCAUCUGCCCAGACACCUGGAUUUGGUGAACACGUGAUGUAUCAAUUUUACCACGUCAAAAAUGCUACUCAGUUGCGCAUGGACGAUAUUCCAAAACUUUUGGCAGAGUACAAACAGCUACCUAUAUGAAGAAUACUUGUUGUAUGAACAGUUUCUAAUUUAUACUGAACGCAAAGCAUGGGUCACAAAUAAUACGUUAUUUUAUGUACAUUAACCUUUUAAUAAUUAUCAACAUUUCAAUAUUUUUUUCCCA